AUGAAUCGAACCAUUGUGAUUCUUCUUGCUGUCUUCUUUAUCCUCUCGGAUGCUUGUGGAUCCAGUGGAGCUUGUGGUUGUUGUGGAUGUAGAGCCAAAGCAAAAGCAAGAGCUUCAAAAAGAGUCAGUGGAGAUGUUAUACAAAAAUUUGAUGACAAAGAUGAUGGAAACAUUUUUGGAUUGAAAGUAUGGAACGAUACGAAAACUCCAAUCACUGAGAAGAAUAUUCAACUAUUGACAAACCCGAACCACUUAUUCCAUAUUUGCUGCGAAGAGCGUCAGUUACCCCCAGCAUGUGUCCAGAAGUGUCAUUUCAAUGUAUACAACAAAGAAGUGGUUAGUUUACAACUAGGUCAAGAACUUGUGACGACAUAUUUUGAAUUUCAGCUGGAAUCGAUGUUCUUCAGAACCAGUGAUUGCCCAAUUGAAUUUCUUCCGGAGAUGCAAUUCUGUGCAGCUCAGGGAAAAGAUCACAGUUCUUGCUGCUCGCAAAAUGACGUGGAUGCAACAACAGCUGGAAGUAAAUGCCUAACUUUCUGUGACCAAAGACCCGAUGUAUACACCCCAAUUGAUUACAGCUAUUCGCCAUGUCUGGACAGGUUCGAAGACAUGAAGAGAUGCUUCUAUGAUAAUGUAAAGACAGAUGCAACCAAACAUUUCCAGACAAAGAAGAGUGCACAAGAUAAGAAUAUUUUGUACUAA